UACCAACGUCUGGCUCUGUGACUGCGUUUCAAUGAUGUUUCCUGCGUUUUUCGGCCCAUUUCUCGCCGAUUUGUAGCAGUUGAAGGAGAAAUGGUGUGUUGCGCGGCUUGGGGCUGUUCCGUGCGGCCGGGACAAGGCCGUAUGAUGCAUCGAUUUCCACAGGAUGCGCAAAGGAGGGCCGUUUGGACCGCGAAGAUUCGCAGGCUGGGCUGGUCCCCCUCAGCUUAUUCCUACUUGUGCUCGGAUCACUUUGAUGAGACCCAGUACGAAAGAAAACCGGAAGGUCGAAAGCAACUUAAGCCAAACGCUGUCCCAACUGUCUUCGCCUUUAGUCGCGAUAAAGGCAAAAAGCACCACAGGUCACCUCGAAAGAGAACUGCAACUUUCACUGAGGAAACUUCACCAGCAAAAGUGAUGCAAAGUGACCAUACAUAUGCCCGGAACCAGAACAGCUCAGAGCCGGACGAUGAGGCUGACCCACCACCAGAGUUUCCCCUUGUAAAACAUUCGGGCUGCCAGACCGACUCCCUGCACAAAAGAUCGGUUGGCACGCAGGUUUCCGUGAGAACUCUGCAGCGGCACAAUAUGAAUUCAGCUUGCAUCAGUCCCGUGGACCUGCAAGUCCGACUUGCGUGGACACCGGGCCGCCAGGUGCGACUUGCACGGGGGGCUUGGACCCCUUUAGCAGGUGGCAGACUGUACUACACUGGCCCAAGCCAGUGUUACAUGCGGCUGGUGAUUAUGUCUGAGGAGGAAAGGAGGGCAGUUCUGAAUGAGUGCCACAACCAGCAAGGCACUGGCACCCAUAGAGGUGUCAGAGGCACCCGAGACCGUGUGGUGGCUGGGUACUACUGGCACACCAUCACACGGGAUGUGACUGAUUGGGUCAGGCGCUGUCCCCCAUGCCAGUUAAAUGACCCCAUAAAAACGGUGGCGCCAGUGCUACAUCCCAUAAAGGCAGACUCGCAACCAGAGUCUCCCCUUGUAAGACAUACGGGCUGCCAGACCGACUCCCUGCACAAACGAUCGGUUGGCACGCAGCUUUCCAUGAGAACUCUGCAGCGGCACAAUAGAAAUUCAGGUACCCGGACAAUCUUGUCCUGCAAAAACCUGAGACUUGACACCACUACUGGCCCCUUGAGCACUUCACAAGCUCUCCUGAUGAUAGCAACACCUAUGAAGCUCAGCAGACCAGCCAAGAGGCCUCAUCGAGACCUAAAGGAGGAAGAGGACGAGGAUGAAGAGGCUAGUGUAACGGUCACCAUUUGACUGACUGACACAUAUUACGAUACAGCUUUUCCCCGGUUUUUCGGGGGUCGCCACAGCAGAUUUUACAGGUUCCAUCCAGGAUCCUGUGAGGGCACAGCACCAAUACUGGCCGUUGUUAAUGCGGACCUCGACUGAUCCGGUAUGGUCUUGUCACUCCACAUACUGAUUUGGCAAAAUUUUUCAUCAGAUGCCUUUCCUGACAUAACCACUAACCCUAUGGACGGGGGCAUGGACUUGCACCCAUGCCUGUCGCCAUAUGCAACAGGCAUGUAGCCAACGACGUAAAAAUUAUUAAAAAGGUACAACGCUCAUAUUACAGAAAUUCAAAAGUUUCCUCCAAAUUCACUCUAAUAAGACAAGACUUGAUGAAAACUACAGCACAGUUGAACUGUCUACACAGCAUCAAACGUGCUUGCUAGAAAGAGAGCAAGCAACGGGCACUGUACCAUUAAUCAAGGAGAACACCUGUCUGAUUCCUGUUGACUUUCAUGUACAAAUAAUUGACAGAACAAAAUGAACACAGAAUAAAGUUGUUUACCCUCCUGUGGAAGAGUAUCCCAAAAGUGUUAUCACAUUAAGAGCCCAUUUGUUUCCUGUGGUUAUCUCCAUGGUGGACCAAAGUUGAUCUGAGAUGACCUGCUGCUAAGGAUACAUGAGGCCAAAUUAUUAA